GUGCAUAUGAUAAACCCUUCGAAGCAAAAUUCUGUGUUAACAUUACUAUAAUUGAGCAGGUUAAAUUAUGGCUAGAACAAUUUACUGACUUACAUAAAGUAACAAUGCGUGAAAGCCAAGGAAGAACCAUUAAAGGUGUUCGUUAUCUUCUUUCAAAAUGGUUUUACUGUAUUCAUAGCCAUAUUGUGAAAUUAAAGCAAGGAUCUCAAGAUAAAAAUAUUGUUAGUAAAAUCGAAGAAAAUAAAGAUUCUAUAAAUAAUACAUGA